AAGUCCGGAGUUCUCACGGAGAUGCGUAUUCCGUGGUCGCGUCGUACUUAACAAAGCGGGUGAUGUUGAAGGAGAUCGGCUACGCGAGCAAAUCGACGUAAACGGGGUCGCCGCACGAUAUGGAUUUAUCGUAACAGAUGACGAGGUGCAGGCGCGUCGGACUCUCUGGCGACGUACCCUAAAUCGCGUUGAUGGCGAGGAUAAUCGCCUAUACGAGGAAAUGGCGAUAAAGUAAACAGCUGUGCUUGAAGCUGAAAUGCAUACGUGGUUCCGGUUACUGUAGCACAAAAUGUAACGCUUAAGUUGUGUCGCUAAUUAAAAGCACCACGGUAGCAUGCAAGAUGGAGAAAGUUAUACCAAUGAGUUGGUUGAACCAAAUACUGCUAGUUUUUAGUGUGGCAGCUGCAAUAUUGUCCUUGGUUGUGCAAGGGUGGACAGGUCUCACGUCUCUGCCGAUCUACAUUUCCAUCUCUUGGGCCGUAUUAGUCACGAUUAUAUCCGUAUGGCUGAGUUGCUGCUUGCUACGUCUCACGCUGAAAGCCAACAGUCCGAUCGCUCUAGGAUUUAUGAACAAAUGGAUACGUGAAAGACUGGUAGGCCAACUAGGUCGGGAUUCUUCCGUAGACGAGGACGGAAGUACAGAGAUCACUCGCAAAAGUGACGAUGAAAACCAAAAAAGCUCGAAUUCUGCACAAAAAGGUAGUGUUAAGCGCAAUGAUGGCGCGAUGUCGUCCGACAACUGUAAGAACGAGAUCCCCUUGACGAGAAGAAAAAAGCUAAACGUCGCGGAAAUGACGCGAGAGAUCAAUGCAAAGUGUAUAGAAAUUUGGUAUAAGAAUAUCAGUAACGAAAAGUCAUUCCCCGAUGAGGCGCAGGAUUUGUUGAACAAGUUCUUGACCAGACUUGUCUGGAAAGCCAGUAAGAUAGAUAAGAUAAAGCUUAUUAAUAAGUUGGCAAAUGUGUUGCUGUUACACUUAAAGGAAUAUCGCAGAGCGUUACGCAGAGUCGAGAAAGGUGCUACAGCUAGCGUGGAGGAGGCGUACAAAUAUUUACACCCUGGUUCUCGCAGUGCGUCAACAUUGGAGCACAUGUUACAUCGUUUAGUUACUGUUCUUGCACAAGAGUUUUUACAGUGGGAAUUAACUAGCUCGUUACCGUGCAAACUUUUGUUAUCUAUUUUAUCAAAGAGACUCUUAAUAACGAUAGACACAAUAAGCUGCCCAGACUGGUUGCUCGAGAACUUGUUAAGAUUAUUGGAAGCACCACCAAACGAAGUUGCUACUCCAGUUAAACAGAAUAUCAAUGGUAUUAUAACUGUUGCUCUAAGCGACGGUAUCACGUCCGCGACAGCGGCUGUGAUCCCGCAGCAAUUGCCAAAAUCUGUAUCCAAGUCUAGUCCAACUGCAGCUACUACGAGUGAAGACGAGAGUGCAGUUUUAACGGCAGCUCCAGAAAGGCCGACUCUGUGCCUGGAGGGUCUCUCCACGGAGCACAGAGGCCUGUGGGGAGACAGUAUAACGGACGCGGAUCUGGAAUUGGAAGAAGACAAGAUAUCACCGGUGUAUGAAGAGCCAACGGAUUUCGCGACGACUAUCGCUAGGCUCAGAAAUCUGUUGCAACAGAAAUCUACGGCGACCACACCACUACAUGCUGAAGAAAAAUCCUACGUAAUAUAUGAAGGCAGCCAAUUUACAAAUUUAUCGAUUCCCUGGACUGAGUUUCACACCGCGACGGACGGCUCGCAGCAACUGUACUACUGCAUACAAUUUGACGAUGUCGAGCAACGUGGAAUGGAUCUAUUCGAAACAACCACCGCUACGGUCAAAAGACAAUAUGCCGAUUUUGUUCAGUUGCACCUCAGUUUGGAAGAAAUGCCAUCGUUAGCGAGCGUUAUGUCGGAAUUGGUAUUACCCGAGGGUGGCCGGAUCGAACUGGAGACAUAUCUGAAAACGUUGUGUACGCGAUUGGCGAAUGAAUGUCCGCCGCAGCUGCGUCACUUUCUUCGACCUAGUAGCAGUGCGGGCAAGAAAGCCGACGCGAUAGCGCCUCGUUUAGAUCGAUUUCUGGCCAAAACCGUGACCGGUGUCUUCAAUACGUUGAAAACCGUUGUACCAGGCUUCGAACUGGACCAAGAAGAAGAGGCUACCCCUCUACCUACUCUAAUGCCCUUGUCUGACAUACCCUGGAGAUUUGUCGAGGAUAUAAAGUCGAAAAGUCUAGCUUCUGAACUCCAGCAAUUGAUCGCAGAAAGGACAGAGUAUUGUACAGUAGACACAGCUUACGAAGCAGUUGACUCGAUGGAAGCAAGUGGCGAUUCGGAGUUACUGGAUUGCUGGUGGGAGACCAUUAAUACUUCGUACGAUGACGAAGUGGACGAGUUAGAUUCCAAUUUAACGCUGACGUGUACGACGAUAGACCUGAUUUGUGAGCUUUUAGCAGGCAUCGCUAGUAACAACACGUUACAGCAAGAAGCUGUCGUUAGAUGGACUAAGUUGCUAAUUGGAAACAUUUCAGAGCCAAUCCUGCAGAAAAUAAUUCUUCGGUUAUUCGACUCUCUGAGCGGUUCUUCGUUAAUUUGGGAUGCGUCACGUGAUGUCACGAAUCAGAAUGGCACGCAGUUGAGAGACAAGUUGCUACGUAUAUUGGAGGAGAAGAUAUCGUACGAUGUAAAAUUGAUAUUCGGCGAGGACGACGUACACAAGGCUCUGAACUAUCUGUUGAGUUCAUGCGAAAUCAAAAAGAUUAACUUAGAUUUAAACAUGCAAAUGUUGGACGCACUAGUAUCGGAACUGUUGAUUUCCUGUAAAACGAAUCAUGACCCGAAUUAACUUCUCUAUUUUUUAUUCAGUUCUUUAGAUCGAUUUCUUAGAAGAUCGCUCGAUGAUUUAGCAAGACCUCGCACACUAUCUUAUUCUCUUGACGACGUUGUGUGUGUCUGGGGGAGUCAUUUAGAUACUUAUCAUCAAAAUACUUCUGUAUAAAGGACAAAUUGAUAUGUGCCAUACGAUAGAACAUAUAUGUUGAUCAUUUACGUUCUCGUGGAAAAACCCGGCGGAUUUUUUAAAACAAAGACUGUACCUGAUUAUAUAUUUACAAUAAGAUAUGCCAAGUAUUUUUUCCAUUAGAGAAUAAUGGCUCCUUUCGAUUGACUUGGCUUUGAAAAACGAGUCACUCUCGGGGGAAGGCACUAUACGCAUUUCUGGACUUACUAUAGCAUUUAUAUUUAAUAACUAAGUUUUGUACAAAGGAAUUGCGUGUGUGUUCCCACAAAACGUACGGUGCAUGUUAUAUAGUGUAUACAAAACUACAGCCCUGCUAUCCACCUUCCAAAGAUUGCGAGGAGUUUUACGCGUACAUAACGCAUAUACAGAAUAUAGAUACACACGAGCGCUUAGAUAUUUAAUUACAUUUAUUUAUAUAAAAUAAUAAGAUUAAACGUACAUCACGAUCUUAGUUUU